AUGCAAGAUGUUAUCGCAGCGCUCGAGGCAAGCGACACUUCACGUGCUCGCGCGAUAGCCUGGGACCUUGUUGGUGGGGAACUGAAGUAUCGCGCCGGACGGGCCGUCUGCUACUGUGCAAUCAAGGAUAGAGACAUUCAGCAGCUCGCAGCAUUUGUGAAAUUGCAACCGAACAUAGCACGCGCGUUACCCUUCGAAAGAGCCUAUCUUGACUUUGUGGAAGGAAGAGACGCUUCGUGGUUUCUUGAACACCCAGGUCAGCUUCCGGCCUACAGCGCUCUUAAGGGUCAGAUUUGCUUGAAUAUGAAGCUCUUCAGGCGCGGAUCCGAGGAUCUAUCUCACGCCUUGGGCAGCCCACUUGACCUCUAUGCUGCGGCUUCUCAGUGCACAGUGGCUCUAGACCCCUCGAGCCUUCAGGAAGCCGAGCGAACCACUUGUGCCGCAUUGGAGUCUAACAGUGACUACAAACGCCUUUAUCAGUUUAACUACAACCGUGCACUCUACCAUCUCUCCAGACUUUCCUUUGAGGAGGCCUUGGCUGCAGCAAACAAAGCGGCGGAUUCACUGGAGCGGCACGUGGCUCGUGUAAAGUGCACGCUUGUAGAGGCUCUAGGAGAGCAGCAGUCCCAUGCCGAGUCUAUUCUCGACGCCACUCGGUGCCGUGUUGGCUUACUCAAGUGUUUUGCCAGAAUAUACGCAGGCCACGAUCUCCAGGACACGGAGCUCUUGCCCUUGCUCCGCAGAAUCAAACCUCUCAAAGACUUUCAUCCGUCGAAGAAGGAGAUUGGACUGGCGGAGUCUUAUGGCAUACCGUUCAUAGACCCAAAGGACCCCUACACCGGCCUUCGUAUGGCUUACAAGAGCAUGAUCAUCGUGCGGGAUCUGAACUUUGGGGCCCGUCAACAGAAUCAGUCCCUGCACGAGACUCCAAACACAUCUGAAGGCCAACGGAGACGCAAUAAUAAGCAAUCCAGGCCAGUAGCCUCUACAGACACGCAAGUAUCCCACCUCCUGACCGGCCAUGCAGCUCUUCACAAGCACCUUGUCUACGUGCGGGAGGCGUAUAUUGACGAAGAGCCCAAUACUUCCGAGUUCACCGACUUCCUCUAUGCAGUAUUACACUUGUCCUCGGAGCAUGCAACUCUCAGGCCCCCACAGGAGACAGAGGACAAGCCUGCCUACCUCGAUCGCCUGACAGAGGGGCCCGGUGGACACUUUGCCUUUGCGACCUGGCUGCUCUUGUGGAUCGCUCGGUCAGCCAUUCUCCCUUAUACCGGUGAAGAGUCGACGAGGCAGCAACGGGUGUCCAUCCGGCGGCGGUUCAGGGACACAAGCGGUGCCUCCAGUUUGCCGGCAUUCGAUCACUCGCUGCUGUUCAACAAGGGCUCAGCGUCUGGCCUUUGUAAUGCACUGCUCGAACUGGGAUUUCUUCGGGUUGCGUAUGACGUCAUGACUAGCACCUUACAAGCAUACACUGCGAGCAAUCAAGAAGCCGGCAAAUGUGCAGAGGGGGCUGAUGAGAUCUUAGACUGUCUUCGCGUUCUUCAGCGUGAGGCCUUUCUCAGGCUAGUUCGGCACAAUGAAGCGCGUACCAGCGAUUACGAGCAGCAGGGAAAAGAGCUUUCCCUAGAAGCAUAUAGUAAUGAAUAUAAUAACGCGUACUUGCCAGACCUACCUGUUCGCAAGCGAGAGCCUAAGCCGCUACCGGAGAAGUGGCAGCCGCGGGCCAUGCGAAACGCCCACGGAAAAGCUCAGAAAGGAAAGGCCACCCAUCAGGGAGCAGUCACAGAUAGAACGGAGGUCUCUGCUGUUUCACGAAUUCACACAAAGGGAAGGCGACGCAGAUGA